AUGAUUCUGAUGACUGUCCACACCCGCGGUCCUGCUGACAUCCCCUGGUACAACCAUCACGCGGCAGAAAGACCGUUACUGUCCGGCGACAAACUCCCCGCGCUCAGCCUGCCGACAGCCACCCAGGGCCUCUCCCGACCCGCCUAUCACGAUCCAUCCGUGACCAAUUCCACUCGCACAAGCCUGUCUGGUGUCUCCGUCCCGAACGAGCCCAGGAGCCCGCCUGCGGACCUAUCUGGGACCCAGGGCCGGCUGUCCUUAGACUCUGAAUACAGCAUCCCUCCCUCGGUCAACGACGGGUACUAUCCUAGUCCGACCUCUCUCGGCAGCAUGAACCAAGCCCCCUACAUGGACGUCCACGCUUCACACAUGUCUUCUGCUCAGUCCUACGCUCCUCAGGGCGCUACCGCCGGCGCCAUGUCCCAUUACUCGUACCACCCACAGCCUCCAGUGAUGCAGCCCGCCUCCUCUUAUCCCCCGGCAGGUUAUCCCCAGUAUGGAUACAAUGGCGUGACUUCCCCGCCCACUCACCCGCCCAGCACCAUGGGCGGUCAGAUGCCCGCGCAAUUGCUUCCUCUGCCUGGUAAGCUUCACAGCCAAAGCGUGGAUGACUAUUCUGAUCGUUAUCAAGUGAACAAUCACGGCGUGGCUCCUGCAGGCGGAUACGGCAACACCACCGGUGCGCCUCUCCAAGGCUAUGUGUUCGAUCCAACAGGCCAGGUGGCACCUCCAGGUGCGAAGCCCCGAGUGACGGCCACCCUGUGGGAAGACGAGGGUAGUCUCUGUUACCAGGUAGAGGCCAAGGGAGUCUGUGUGGCAAGACGCGAGGAUAACCACAUGAUCAACGGCACCAAGCUCUUGAACGUCGCUGGCAUGACCCGUGGGCGACGUGAUGGCAUCCUGAAGAGUGAAAAGCUUCGCCACGUUGUCAAGAUUGGCCCAAUGCACCUUAAGGGUGUCUGGAUUCCUUUCGAACGCGCUAUGGAGUUCGCGAACAAGGAGAAGAUCACUGAUCUUCUUUACCCGCUCUUUGUGCACAACAUUGGUGGUCUUCUCUACCACCCGGCCAAUCAGACCCGCACGAACACCGUCGUGGCAGAGUCGAUGAACCGACGUCUGGAGGGCCCUCCCCCUGGCCCCCAACGCACCCCAUCAGGACCCCAGCAACCCCCAGGCCUGCACCACCACCACUCUCUCCAGACCCCAAUGUCCUCGCACAUGUCUCAAGGCCCAAUGAGCGGUCCCCCAGGUUCUCGCCCGGGACUUGAGCGUGCUAACACAUUCCCCACCCCACCUGCCAGCGCAUCCAGCAUAAUGGGUGUGCCCAAUCAAGGCAGCUCAUACGAAUGGGGAGGCCAAGUGCCCCAAACGCAGCCGUUGUCCAUUGACACCACGUUGAGCAAUCAACGGUCGAUGCCCACCACGCCAGCGACAACCCCACCGGGCAGCAAUAUGCAAGGUCUCCCCUCCUACCAAGCCCAAGGCUACGACAGCAGCAAGCCCUACUACUCCGCCGCCCCGCAAUCCCACCCUCAAUACGCCCCCCACACUCCCCUGACCCAAUCCGGGAUGUCCAGCUACGGCCACCCCCUGCCAGCGGGGUACAUGAAGAGUGAAAUGGCGCCGCCCAACCCACGCACCGGCGCCUCGGAGCCCGAAUCUACAGAGCGCCCUCAAGACCGCUACUCCAACGAGGAGCAAGACCAGGAGUACAUCCAAGAACCGGGCUACAACUCCAACCGCAACUCCUACACGUACAGCACCAACCCGUCGGUCUCGAACCUGACCGAGCACGCCCAGCUCACUCCAGAGAUGACCAGCUCCCCCUCUCAACAGAAUGGCUCUGGUCGCAUGACCCCGCGCACCUCCGGUCCCGCCCCGCACUGGGCCUCCGGCUAUAACACCCCUCCUCGUCCAGGCGCCGCGUCAACCCUCUAUAACGCCGUGAGCGACACCCGCGGCACCCCCGCCAACGGCUCCUCAGACCCCUAUAUGGCAUCCACUGCGACGCCCGUAUACCCGGCCGCCAACUCCCUCAGCGCUGGCAGCAAGCGCAUGCGCGAGGAUGAGGAACCUAUCCGUCCCGAGGCUGCAAGCGAGUACGAGACCUCCAAGCGUCGAAAGACCAUCACAGACGCCACGCUCGGCGGGCCAGUCGGUGGACCACCCAUCCUGCAGCCCAUGAAGCCCAGCAGCAUGAUGGCCCGACAUCGAUGA